CGAUCAUGGGUUCUUCUUCUAGAAAUCUUUAUGCAGGAAUUGGAGAAGGUUAAUCAACCUCUAGGCCACCGCUUUUUGAUGGCACCAACUACACAUAUUGGAAAGAGCGGAUGAGAAUUUAUAUCUGCUCAACCAACUUCCAGUUGUGGUUGGUCAUCAAAAACGGCGAAGAAACGCCAAUGAAGAAGGUCGAUGAAAAACUCGUCCCAAAGACCGAAGACGAAUUUGAUGCCGAAGACAUCAAAAAGGUGGAGAACUACGCCAAGGCAAUCAACAUGCUGUACUGUGCGGUCAAUCCUGAUGAUUAUCGCAAGAUCUCUUGCUACACCACUGCAAAAGAAAUGUGGGACAAGCUGGAAGUCACAUAUGAAGGUACGGACCAGGUUCGGGAAGCCAAAAUUGACUUCCUAACGCAGGAGUACGAGAUGUUCAGGAUGAAGGAAGGCGAAAAAAUCAAUGACAUGUUCAAUCAGUUCUCAAAGAUCAUCAACGACCUUCACGCUCUCAAGAAGACGUACGCCAACAAGGACCUUGUGAGGAAAAUCCUGCGGAGUCUCACACCCGAAUGGAGAUCAAAGGCUGACGCAAUCUACGAAUCCAUCGGAGUCUCCAAUGUCACCAUCGACGGGCUAAGAGGUAACCUCAAAACUUAUGAAUCUACUAUUCUAACUCCAUCUUUGGAUGAACAAAAGAAGAAGGGAAUAGCACUGAAAGAAACCAAGGAGACCGUGGAAGAAGACUCAAGCGAUGAUGACAAUGAGUUCGGACUCGUUAUCAAGAAAUUCCACAAAUUUAUGAAGAAGGAAUUUGAGCUCAAAGGAACAAAGCACGACGGUCCCCCGAAGUGCUAUGGCUGUGGUGAGAGAGGCCACAUCAAGCCGAGGUGUCCUAAAGGCAAAAGCGGCAAGGACAAACCUGGCUUAAAAAAGCAACACGCCUACAUCUCAUGGGGUGGCGACUCCGGGGAUGAGUCAAGGGAUCAAGAAGAGGAAGAAGCCGCCAACCUCUGUCUCAUGGCACACGAAGACCACGUCAACGAUGUACAAGAGGGACGGUUCCAAGUGAAGAAUUCUGGAAAUCAGGGGGAACCAGCGAUGGGUGCGCUAUACCAUCGCUGGGAGGGAAGUCUUCAUUUUUCCAGGACCCCUCUUCCCAUCGAUGGUAACAUCAUAAUUUCAUUCCUUGAUCCAAAUCUCAAUAUUUCAUCUCCUUUUUUCUUCAAAAACGCCACAACUAUGGCCGGAGGAAGAUCAAAGUCAAAGGCAUCGAAGAAGAAAGGCCCUAGUAAGGCCACAACCUCUGCACCUCAACCCUUUCCGUACCUGGAUGGAUCCUUCCUCGAAUUUGGCUCGGAGGAAGAACUCACGCGCUUCCUCAAUCACUUUGCCAAACGCCCGAUUUCUCCGCCCAGGGUGCUGCCCGAGCUAUACCCUCAACAAAAGGGGUACCACGACCUCGACAAUCAGCUUCAAGCGUUAGGUCUGUGGUCGUUCAUCUCUAGGAGUCGUCAGUCCUACAAUCCCGCCUUUGUCUGGGCCUUCUACUCCAAUCUCCGCCGUGACGGGGACACCAUCCGCAGCAGCAUCAAUCUCUUCGAUGUAGAGAUUGAUUUGCCUACCUUUGCACGGAUUGCAGGGCUGCCCAUCUGCGGUGACGACAUUGCGACGUACGGUGGCGACGAUUGGAUCCUCAACAAUGAGGCGGUCGUCAUUCGUGAGCUUGGGAUCACCAACUUGAUCCGCCACAGCGGCGCGCCGACGAUUCACUCAGCCCCACCAGACAAGCGCCUCCUCCUCUACAUCAUCACCCGGAUUCUUCACCCCCGGGACAGCAGCCAUACCUCGCUCUUCAACGAGGAUUUGAAGGCGAUUCAUGCAAUCAUCCACGGCGCCUCCAUCAAUUGGGCAAAAUUUGUCAUGAUACACAUGGCGGAUUGCGCCUCACUCGCCACCGAGCGGAGCUUGCCGUACGCCUUCCUCAUCAUGGGCAUCAUCAUCUCCGCCGAUAUCCACAUCGCCGGGCCAGACACGAAGAUGACGAAGCUUUGGAUGAUCGUCGACAACACCUUCCGGAAGAAGUCUGGAGACCGGGACGGCGCAGGCCCAAGUCGUGCACCAGCCCCCGCUCCCGCCAAGGCCUCUUUGCAAUCCAUAGCCGAUACUCUGAAUCGGCUAACCCUCACAGUGGAUGGCAUGGGGCAGUCAAUCGAGCGGAUGGACUGGACGCUGCAACGCCAACACCACGACAUGACGAUGUUCUUCCGCAGCAUCAACUACGUCCCGCCGCCCUUUGACAGCACCUUCCUCGGCCAAAACUAUGAAGGCGAGGACGAGGAGGAUAACUCCUAUGCUCCAUCCUCCUCCCCCGACGAGGCCGACUUUGAGUACGCGGUCGACGGGGAUCCCAUGGACGUUGAGGACGACGAAGAAGACGAUGACGCCGAAAACGAGGACGCCGAUGCUUAGACUCUUCCUUCUCUCCUUUCCCUACUUUAAUUGCAUUUCUUUUAUCUAUUUCAAUUCUGUUGUAUUCCGCAUUUUCUCCUUUUUUAAUUAAUAAAAGUUUACUUUUAAACUCUAAAGUUCACUUUUAAUUCUUUUUGUUAAUGUCAAAAGGGGGAAGAUAUUAAGGCCGUGGUUAAGGAAAAAACCAUAGGUUUUUGGCUAACCACCCACCCAGCGAUGGGAAGAACAUCCCAUCGAUGGGUAAGCGGCCCCUUAGCCAAACCAACUUCCAGAACCAUGCCAAACAGCGAUGGGAGGUUCUACCCAUCGCUGUUAAAGCCUUGGUCCAACAUUAUCACAAGGCAGAAUGCCCUUACCCAGCGAUGGGAAGCUUUACCCAUCGAUGGGAACCCAGCGAUGGGAAGGCUUAACCA